UCCUCUACCUGGCGCCGCACGAACCCCCCGCGCCACCCCCCGCACCCCGUGACGGCAUCUACCUCACCAAUGGUGACAAGAAGUCGGCGCCGAAGGUGAGAGAGGAGGUGUCGGAGGAGGUGUCGGAGGAGGUGUCUGAGAAGGUGACGGAGGAGGUGAGGAAGGUGGUGUCGGAGGAGGAGAGGGAGGCGGUGGUGCAGGAGGCGGGGCUGCAGAUGCGCGGGUGGUCGGAGCGCAUGGGCGGGGCGCUGGAGCUGCUGUCGCGGGACGCGGAGGGGCGCGCGGGCCGCGUCGUGCGCCGCGUCUUUCCACGCAACAACAUGCUGGCCUUCUUCAAGGUCGGACACGACUCCUUCCACCAGGUGGCGGAGGUCCUGUCGCUGGAGCUGCCACGGCUUUCCAUCAACGGCUGGUUCCACGGUCCCGCGCCCUCGCCCACGCGCGCCUCCCCCUCCCCCUCCCCCUCCCCCGCGCUUCCAGCCCCCGUCCCGGGAGCGCCCGUGCCGCCGCACUCGGAGCUGCUGCCGCUGAGCGAGUGGGUGCAGCCGGCGUACCUGAAGCCGCGGGUGCGCGCGCAGGUGCAGGCGCAGAUGGAGAGCGCCAGCGAGGUCAGCCUGCACGACCUGCUGCUGCCGGACAAGUACCGCGACCUGCUCGACGCGCUCGACCACCCAG